AUGGUUGUUCUGGAGCAAACUCAGAACCUCAAACCCUUAGAACCUCAGAACCUCCAAACCUCAGAGUCUCAGAACCUCAGAAUCUCAGAACCUCAGAACCUCAGAACCUCAGAGCGUCAGAGCGCCAGAGCCUCAGAACCUCAGAACCUCAGAAACUCAGAGUCUCAGAACCUCAGAACCUCAGAGUCUCAGAGCCUCAGAACCUCAGAACCUCAGAACCUCAGAAACUCAGAGUCUCAGAACCUCAGAACCUCAGAGUCUCAGAGUCUCAGAACCUCAGAACCUCAGAGUCUCAGUCUCAGAACCUCAGAACCUCAGAGUCUCAGAACCUCAGAAUCUCAGAACCUCAGAACCUCAGAGCGUCAGAGCGCCAGAGCCUCAGAACCUCAGAACCUCAGAAUCUCAGAGUCUCAGAGCCUCAGAACCUCAGAACCUCAGAAUCUCAGAGUCUCAGAGUCUCAGAACCUCAGAACCUCAGAACCUCAGAGCGCCAGAACCUCAGAGCGCCAGAACCUCAGAGUCUCAGAGUCUCAGAACCUCAGAACAGAGUCUCAGAGUCUCAGAGUCUCAGAACCUCAGAACCUCAGAGUCUCAGAGUCUCAGAACCUCAGAACCUCAGAACCUCAGAACCUCAGGGCCUCUGGGCCUCUGGGCCUCUGGGCCUCGGGGCUCCUGGUUUCUGGUUUCCGGGUUUCUUUGUUCUUGAGGAAAGAGGUUGUCUUCGUCCUCCGGGUCUCCAACAUGUCCUCAGUCAGAGCUUCGGCCGUCCUUCUCGUCCUCCUCGUCUUCAUCGUCCCGCCCUGCAGAGGUCAAGGAAGUGACUGCAGCUGUAACGUCACCAACAGCCGCUGUGAUGAGUCCGGAGUCUGCAGAUGUGACCCCGGCUGGGACGGCGAGCAGUGCGAGCGCUGCGUGCCGACGCCCGGCUGUGUCCACGGUUCCUGUCAGCAGCCGUGGCAGUGCAGCUGCGAGCCGGGCUGGGGGGGACGCUUCUGUGACAAAGACCUGUUGGUGUGCUCGGACCAGCAGCCGUGUCAGAACGGAGCCACCUGUGUGAUGGAGGACAACGCCGAGUACACCUGUGUCUGUCCCGCCGGCUUCCACGGCAGAGACUGUCAGCUGAAGACCGGACCCUGUCACCAGAGGAGGUCUCCGUGUCUAAACGGCGGUCUCUGUGAGGACGCUGACGGCUUUGCGGUGGACCUUGCGUGUCGCUGUCUGGCCGGCUUCAAGGGGCGGCGCUGUGAGACCGACAUGGACGACUGCCUGAUGAGACCGUGUGCCAACGGCGCCACCUGCCUGGACGGCGUCAACCGCUUCUCGUGCCUCUGCCCCGCCGGCUUUACCGGCCGCUUCUGCACCGUCAACCUGGACGACUGCGCCAGCCGGCCCUGCCUCAACGCCGGCCGCUGCCUGGACCGCUCCGGCGGCUUCCACUGCGUAUGUCGGCCCGGUUACACUGGAACCACCUGCCAGACGGACCGCGAGCCCGGCUGGACGAUGCUAGGGUGAGGGGGAGGAGGCGGGGCCAGACCUCCUCUGACCACUAGGGGCAAGAACGGUUGGAGCGGCACCACCGACAGCGGGAACAGCAGUCGUCAUGGCGACAGGCUGUUCAAGGUGACGGUGAGCGAGCGCCGCGCCGCCGGCCUGUCGGAGGUCCAGCUCAUCGUCCUGCUGGCGCUGGCGGGCGUGACGUUUGGCGUGGUGGUGCUGACCGCCACCAUUGUGCUGCCGGGUCACUGCAGGGCCCGAGGCCACGCCCCCUGCUGGACAUCUUCAUCAUCACAGCGGCGAGGACGGCAGGGCGGCCGGCGAGCGCUGCAGGACGAGCCAGAGUGUCAGAUCAGCUUCCUGAACGUAGCGGAACCAGAGAAGAAGAAGCUGAACACGGAGGUCAUAUAG